CUCAUCAACUCGUCAAUGUAUGCCAUGAAAAAUAUUCUGCCGGACCCUGAUUUCAUCGUUUGGACGGGAGACGAUACUCCACAUGUACCUAACGAGGAUCUUGGAGAAGAGGCUGUUCUUAGCAUAAUUGGCAACCUCACCACCAUCAUAAAAGAAUUGUUUCCUAAAACCAAAGUGUACGCUGCUUUGGGAAAUCAUGACUACCACCCAAAGAGCCAGCUUCCACCAACACAGAGCAACAUUUAUGAACAGGUUGGAAAGCUAUGGCAGGACUGGUUGGAGCCCGGAUCCCAGAACACUUUUAAAGCAGGCGGAUACUACACUGAGAAGCUUCUCAAUCGAAAUGGUUUCAGAGUUUUGGUCCUCAACACUAACCUUUACUACGAUCAGAAUAAAGUCACAGCAAACCUCCCAGACCCAGCGGACCAAUUUAGCUGGACAGAUCAAAUGCUCACGGAAGCAGCGAAAAACAACGAGAAGGUGUAUAUUGUUGGUCACGUUCCUCCCGGUUUCUUUGAGAAAAAGCGUAGCAAGCCUUGGUUCCAGCCUCAGUUUAACAAGCGUUACCUUGAGCUGAUCCAGAAGCACCAUGCAGUUAUACUUGGCCAGUUCUUUGGACAUCAUCACACUGACAGUUUUCGCAUGUUCUACAGUCCAGACGGAGUUCCAAUCAGUGUCAUGUUCCUCACUCCUGGUGUGACUCCCUGGAAAACAACGUUGCCAGGAGUUGUUAAUGGGGCAAAUAAUCCUGGAAUUCGAGUCUUUGAGUAUGACCCCAACACACUUGUUGUCAAAGACAUGGUCACCUACUACCUGAACCUGACCUAUGCAAACCUGGCACAGGCAAGGUGGGAGAAGGAGUAUCGUCUGACGGAGGCCUUCCAGGUGUCAGAUGCCUCCACAGCCUCCAUGCAUGGUGUCCUGGGGAGAAUAGCAGAGGACAGAUGCUAUCUACAGAAAUACUAUGAGUACAACUCUGUCAGCUAUGACCUUUCGGAAUGUGAUGCAAACUGUCGUAUUGACCAUGUGUGUGCAAUAAGAGAGGUGGACUUUGAGAGAUUUGAACAGUGUGUGGUAAAAGAAGGGGUGUCUUCUCUGUGUCCCACAGUGCUGUCUGUUCUUGUCUCAAUGGUGCUUGGUCUGUGGGUCAGUUAUUAG